CCAUCACCUCAUCUCUUUGACUUCCAUUUAAAGACACAAAGCUAAAAAAUGGCUCGCAUUCAAUUUGGUAUUCUCGCUUACGACUAUCAAGUCGUUGACGUGGUUGGUCCAACCGACCUUCUCGGCUCCCUCGCCAAAGAAUUCCUCGACGGCCUGCAACUCUUGGGUCCUGUUGACAAAGCUGUUAUUGAUGGGGCUCCCCAAUUCGACUUUCAUCAUAUUGGCGUUACUCGCGACCCAGUACUCCUGACUAGCUCCAUGAGCAUUGUGCCUACGACAACUGUUGACGAGUGUCCUGAGCUGGACAUUUUGUUAAUGGGUGGGCCAAACCCACUCACUUUCGAACUGCAUCCCAAAUUCUCCGAGUUUAUCCGUCGCCAUGUCGCUGCAGGGAAGUUGCUCUUUACCAAUUGCACCGGCGCUUCUGUGGCAGCGGAGACAGGCGUCCUUGACGGAAAGAAUGCGACAGUCAACAAUGUCGAAUUUGAAUAUGCGAAAAAGAAGUUCCCCAAUGUUAAAUGGACGAGAGAUACGAAGUGGGUUGUUGAUGGCAAUAUCUGGACGGGAUCUGGCGCUAUCGCGGGUAUGGACAUGUUUGCACACUGGCUAAAGGAGAAUUAUGGCCUGGAUGUUCUUGUCCAGGCAGCCAUGCUCCUCGAUUACGAGCCAAGGGAUAUUAAUGGCGUACUUAACGUCAUUCCAAAGAGGUAUGAUGCGAAUGGACAGCAAAUCUCCACGCAUGUCUACUCUUACCAUUAGACAAUGUGUGUGAGACAGGGUGCAUAGAUAUUUACUAGGCACAUGUACGGUACGGAAUAAGCAUACAGAUAGAGUCCAUAUUCUCUCCACAUUUUAUUUACAGCUUUAUGCACCAUCUCAGUAUGAACAAG